AAGAUGGCGGCGGCGGCGGCGGCUGCACGAGCAGUUUCUGUGGGUCCUGGGUUCCGGGGCCUGCAACGGACACUGCCUCUUGUAGUGAUUCUCGGGGCCACGGGCACCGGCAAAUCCACCCUGGCAUUGCAGCUAGGCCAGAGGCUCGGUGGCGAGAUCGUCAGCGCUGACUCCAUGCAGGUUUAUGAAGGCCUGGAUAUCAUCACUAACAAGAUUUCUACCCAAGAGCAGAGACUAUGCCAGCACCACAUGAUCAGCUUUGUGGAUCCUCUGGUAACAAAUUACACAGUGGUGGACUUCAGGAACAAGGCAACUGCUCUGAUUGAAGAUAUAUUUGCCAGAGACAAAAUUCCUAUUGUCGUGGGAGGAACCAAUUAUUACAUUGAGUCUCUGCUCUGGAAAGUUCUUAUCAGUGCUAAGCCCCAGGAGAUGGGCAGUGAGAAGGUGAUUGACCGGAAAGUAGAGCUUGAAAAGGAAGAUGGCUAUGUACUUCACAAACGCUUAAGCCAGGUGGAUCCAGAAAUGGCUGCUAAGCUGCACCCACAUGACAAGCGCAAAGUGGCCAGGAGCUUGCAAGUAUUUGAAGAAACAGGAAUCUCUCAUAGUGAAUUUCUUCAUCGUCAACAUGCAGAGGAAGGUGGCGGUCCCCUUGGAGGCCCUCUGAAGUUCCCUAACUCUUGCAUCCUCUGGCUUCAUGCUGACCAGACAGUUCUAGAUGAGCGCUUGGAUAAGAGGGUUGAUGACAUGCUUGCUACUGGGCUCUUGGAUGAACUAAGAGAUUUUCACAGACGCUAUAAUCAGAAGAAAGUUGCAGAAAAUAGCCAGGACUAUCAACAUGGUAUCUUCCAAUCAAUCGGCUUCAAGGAAUUUCACGAAUACCUGAUCACUGAGGGAAAAUGCACACCAGAGACUAGUAACCAGCUCCUAAAGAAAGGUAUUGAGGCUCUGAAACAAGUGACUAAGAGAUAUGCCCGGAAGCAAAACCGAUGGGUUAAAAAUCGUUUUUUGAGCAGACCUGGUCCCGGUGUCCCCCCAGUAUAUGGUUUAGAAGUAUCUGAUAUCUCGAAGUGGGAGGAAUCUGUUCUUGAACCUGCUCUUGAAAUUGUGCAAAGUUUCAUCCAGGGCCGUAAGCCUGCUGCCACUCCAGUAAAGAUUCUAUGCAAUGAAACUGAGAACAAGAGAAGUUAUCACAUGUGUGACCUCUGUGAUCGAAUCAUCAUUGGGGACCGUGAAUGGACAGCACAUAUGAAAUCCAAAUCCCACUUGCACCAACUGAAGAAAAGAAGAAAAUUGGACUCAGAUGCCUUCACCACCGUAGAAAGUCAGAGUAUUUCCCCAGACUGUGACAAAGAGCUUAAAGAGAAGGGAUCCCCAAGGCAGAAUGAUGAAGAGCUGAAAUCCAGUGGUUAAGAGACAUGUCCAGUGGCCUUUGCAAAGGUGGCAGGGAUCCAGUUCAAGAGGGAGGGUUAUGUCUGUGUCCAAGACUGGGUGGAGGAACGCUAUAUGGAAAGCUCCCACCAUUUUCUUUCAUUCAGUGGUGUGGUUUGAAAGGGUCAUGUUCUCUGUCAUGGAAACAGCGGGUCUUGUCUGCUCCUGUGUUGCUGAUGUGUCUGGCAAUGAUGAGUUCAGGGAGGGAUUUUUUUCUUUUAACCUUAAAGGCUCUAUUUUUAAAAGAGGCACAGAUUGCACUUUUUUACACUUGAGGAUCUUUUUGGUGAUGAAUACCAGGAUUCACUAUAUCCCUUAAAAAAAAAAAAAAAGUUUUAUGUUCCUGAUUUUGGCUAAAAAUAUCCAAUUUCCAGACACUUUUAUAGGUGAUUGAAGUAUUGUGAGCCCCACAAAUCAGGAGUUCUGGGUUUGAGUGAAUGGCAGGAAAGGACUGGCUUCAGUGAGAAGGUGAAGUGAACCAAACCAGUUCUUGGAAUUCCAUAGAGGAGAGAAUCAAACCAAGGUGGCUGUGACAUGGGAUUUGAAAAACUGAAGACAUCAACAUUUGUUGAGGUCCUCCUGUGUGAUAAUGGCUGAUUAUUGAUUGUCUUUCUAUUGAGUUAGGAAUCUACAUUUUUUUA